UCACUUUCCCUCCACAACCAACUCUUCAAACACAUUAACAAACAACAAUUAAUGGCAGCACCUCACAGGAGAAGUGGCCUCAAAUGCUUGGUCAAGAAGCUGUCCAGAAGAGUAGACGCGUUGGCGGUGUAUGUGUGCGAGGAAACGGUUCCACACGAUGUCAAGGAAGGCCAGUUUGCUGUCGUUGCGAAGCAGGAUGAUGAGAAGCCUACACGGUUCGUGCUCGAGCUGUCUGUUCUAAAACACCCGCCGUUCCUCAGGCUGCUUCAGCUAGCUGAAGACGAGUUCGGGUUUCAGCACGAUGGCGCCCUCAAGUUGCCGUGCCAGCCUCAGGAGCUCCUCAGGAUUCUGCAAGACAGGACCUGCUGAUCUACUUAAUUAUUCUUUUUAGAUUGAUUUGAUUUCUUGUGUACAAAGACUAAGAAAUUAUAUCAUGGUGGAUGCAACCGGCUUGUUUAGGUGGCGUUUGCUUUUUUUCUAAAAGGAUUAUACAUACUCCUCAUUCAAGUCAAUACUGCUCAAACUUUGUUUCA